CCGCUGACAGCUUGCUUAGUGCUGUGUGUCGUCGCACACACGCCUAGCGUUGUUGUCGGUAGUGGGGUUUGCGGUGGCUACGAUGAGUUCACGGAAAGUGGGCCUCGUGGCCUGCAUGGCCUCCUUACUUUGCUCACGUUCGUGUGCAUGGACAGCGGCAGUAGCAGCGAAGGGCAACGUCCUUCAAGCCCAUCGGCCCCACCACAUUAGCCGGAGCGCUGCUAUGCAUAGGAGUAGGAGAACGUCAGGCGUACUUACCAGGCAAGCAACCUCUGAGGACGGGGAAGAGGCUGCUGUCCCAGCGAAACGAGAACCGUGGUGGGAAGACGAGCGGAGAACACAGGGGGUACCAACCUUGUCUGGUUCUACCCAGUGGCGGAUGUUCCUGAGCUUGAAGGACCCAACACUUGGCGGAGAGGCAGGAGACACGACCGAAGUCGCCGUACGGGUGCGAUUUGACGAGGAGAGAGACUUUGAACCCCCGCAAGGCUCGCUAGAAGUCAUAGAGGACAACCCGUACUUCACGCAGCAAGCUGGCAAAGCGCGCUGGACACUGUCUGAGGCGGAGGACACGCGAGGCGCAGGAUUGUGGGUUUGGGGCUUGUUUAAGGACCCGCUCUACCCUUUCCUGUUGUUGCAGGUCAACAACCUGGAAAUCCCUCUCAAGGGGGGCGCCAAGAUCGCGCCCGGCAGACUGUACGUGAAAGUAGACCACAGGAGAGACGAUGAGCUCGGGCCGACACUCAAGAGCGGGACAGUUGGCGUGAAAAUAGUGGAAAGAGUUCGUGUGGACCCGCUUGGAAUGGCGGAGGCAGAUAUUACUAACGUAGUGCCCUGCGGUUCGGUACAAUUCCGACCGGUUUAGAGUAGCUUGACUCAUAGAGCAGAUAUGAUGUGUUGAUGGGGUUGGCCCUCUGCGGGGGUCCCGUUGUCCGUAUCCUCAAGUAGUCGUUGAUCAAGAUUAUGGUGUGUGACUUGUACAUCUCCUGGCUUCGCGUACAUCCCCCGAAUGGAGGAGGAGGCCAUUGUUGCUUCGCGUUUAACGCUGUGAGGCGGAGUGUACAGGAUUUGGCACUCGCCUGUUGCGAAACCGUUGACGACGUCGCCUGCACGGGCUUGCUUGCGGUUUGAAAUUUCUUUUCUCGCCCAGCUUACCUCUCCGAGCGCAAAGAGGUUCUAAUGGACGAUGUGUUCGUGAUCGUCGCUUGUGCAGAGUGUUACCUAGGGAACUUGUACAAUAGCGAGGGGGCAAUUGGUGUGAAAUCUUCCCUUAUCCUUUCUUGCCAAGUAGUGGACUCCCACACCCCUGGGGGGAGGGGAGGUGUACAAGGUAUACUCAUGUAACCGCAAACCAUAGUCUGUAGACCAUACGGUGUGAGGCGCUACCUAGGUUGGUGUUCAAGAACUUUGUUUUUUGCGCACCCGCGGGGGUACAGUAGAACGUGAACCAGGCGAAGACCUUUCGAUCGCCGUUUGUUGUGCUUCUCAUCGAGUUUGACCAAAUGUCGUACGCGUCGCAUAUAGCACGCUAGAUCGUCUACAUGCCACCCGCGUGUGUCCCACU